AUGAUCCCUUCAGCUACCGCCCGCUAUGACUGGAUUCUGGCUUUGACCUCCAUUGCCUUUGUGUUCAGCGCCUUCGGAAACGGAGCCAACGAUGUCGCCAACUCCUACGCGACGUCUGUCGCUGCCCGUACCCUAGAAAUGUGGCAGGCUGGUAUUCUAGCUGUGAUCACGGAAUUCGUCGGUGCCGUCGCCCUCGGCAGUCGCGUUACAAGUACUAUCAAGUCUGGUAUCAUCUCCCCUGACCGAUUCACAGACAAGCCUGGUACCUUCAUGUUGGCCAUGGGUUGUGCUGAAAUCGGAAGUGCCUUCUGGCUGAUGUUUGCGACGAAAAAUGGAUGGCCUGUCUCAACCACUCAGACUAUUGUCGGUGCUUUGGUGGGUGUUGGUUUUGCUUCGCAGGCAGACAUCUCUUGGGGGUGGAAGAAGGGUAGCGUUUCACAGGUUGCAGCGUCCUGGGGUAUCGCUCCCGCCAUUGCCUGUGCUUUUUCGGCCGUCAUCUUCGGCAUUCUGAAAUUCACCGUUCUCGAGCGCAAGGACUCCUUCAAGUGGGCGAUGCGACUCAUUCCCCUCUAUCUCGCGUUUACGGGAGCUAUUCUGGCUUUGUUUAUUGUUAUUGAAGCCCCUACGGCUCCCUCUCUGGAAGAGUUCGGCGCCGGGAAGGCUGUUGGCAUUAUUCUCGGUGUUUUCGGAGGUUGCUUGCUCUUCGCCUACGUCUUCUUCAUGCCUUACUUCCACCGUCGCCUUGUCAAAGAGGAUUCCCGAAUUCGGUUCUACCACCUUCCUCUCGGCCCCUGGUUGCUCAAGGAUGAUUGCCCCUUGUACUUUCCCGGAAAGGGAGACAGCAUCGUGACAAGCUACUAUGAGGAUUCUUUAGGGGAAGUUUGUGCCGGGCAAAAGGGGAACGAAAAAGAAGGGCAGAGUGUAUCUGGAGAUAAGAAGGGCACGAAUGACGCGGUCGACAUCGAGCAGAAGGCCACCUCAGCCGAGUCUAGCCCAGAGAUUCAGCCCAAGAAAAAAUUUAUCGGUCCCAAGGAGCGCUUCCUUGGGCCUGUUGAGCAUCUCAGCUGGCUGCAUCCCACAAAGUACUGGGGUUGGAUCAAGUUCAUUCUCUUGCAGGGUAUCUCGCGCGACGUCGUCACACACGACUCGGAUCUGCUUCGCAAAAUCCAUGCCCGUGCCCACCGCUAUGACGACCGUGUAGAGCACCUGUGGACGUACUGUCAAGUCGUGUCCGCCAUCAUGAUGUCUAUCGCUCAUGGUUCCAACGACGUGGCCAAUGCGGUCGGACCCUGGUCUGGGUCCUACUCGACCUAUCUAUCUGGUAGUGUCAACACCAAGUCCGAAACUCCUAUAUGGUUUUUGGUCAUCGCCGGUCUGCUCCUUGGUGCCGGUUUCUGGGUAUACGGAUAUCACAUCAUACGUUCCCUCGGAAACAAGAUCACGCAGAUGUCGCCAACCCGCGGAUUUGCCACCGAACUGGGCGCAGCGAUCACCGUCCUGCUGGCCUCCAGACUAGGCCUGCCCGUUUCUACGACCCAAUGUCUGACUGGGGCAGCCACUGGCGUGGCCUUGAUGAACUUCGAUCUUGGUGCUGUGAAUUGGCGGCAGCUGGUGUUUAUUUUCGGUGGUUGGGUGUUGACUCUACCGUGUGCCGGUUUGGUCGCCGGAUUGCUUUGCUUGAUGGCUCUCAAUACUCCUCAUUUUUGA